AUGGGGACUCAGGUGUCUGGUGUCCCAGCAUCCAUCCCCUAUAGCCAACAACUGUGCUCAGUGUCCUGUGGUUUGGGGAUCCAGCGUAGGGAGCCACUGUGUCGCCAGCUGACAGCCAUGGGACAUCAAGUGAUGCUGGCCAGGGAGCUGUGCUCAGGGUUACCCUCCCCACCACUUGUACGAACUUGCCGCAUGAUUGCCUGUCCCAAACACAACAAAGAAAUGAGACCCAAAGACACCCAGAAGGCUCUGGUGAAGAACCUGGUCAAGCACACAGGGAGACGUCCAGGAAAAGCCCGGGACUUUGAGGAGGGGGUGAAACGGUGUCCGCAGCUAAUGAGUAUGCAUCACAUCUAUAUCCAGACCCGCGAGGAGAAACGCCUCCACUUGACCAUCGGUGGCCACGCCUACCUCCUACCAAAUACCUCUUUGGUCAUCAAAUGCCCCGUCAGAAGGUUCCCCAAAGCCCACAUCCACUGGCUCAAAGACGGACGCCCCAUUCCCAGCUCCAAACGCCUGGGCAUCAGCAAAUCUGGCUCUCUAAAGAUCCACUUUGUGGCAGCAGAGGACAUUGGGGUGUACAAGUGUGUCGCUGGAUCCGCCUCAGAUAUCUUCACCCUCCAGCUGAUAGGUAGUGACGGCGGGUCAACUGAUAGACUGUCUACUACCAGUCCUGGUCCCAACUGGGAGGAGAUGCUGCCUAGUUGUCACAGUCACUUCUCAGGUCUGAGGUCGAUCUGGCCUGAAGUUAGUGUGUCUCUGUUGCCCCCUGGUGUCCAGGAGGCCUCACUGCAGCCACGGUUGAAGGAGAGGCUGAUUAAUAUCACCCUGCAGGCUGACAGAGGAGAGAUCCAGCAGGAGCAAGCCUCAGAGCUCAUUUCUUCACUGCUGAGCCACAUGUCUGCUGCCCAGCUCUGGACCCAGAUUACAGAGGAAGGAGUUUAUGCUGAAGACAAACUACACAACUGGUCAGAGCACUCUUCAUUGGACAUGGUUGUGAACAGAGCAGUGAUCAUCAGACAGCAGCAGACCCUUCCACUGGCUUUUCAGAGGAACAUCAAUAUCAGCAUCGGACACAACGCCCUCAUAACCAACGCCACCCGGUCACUGACCAUCCUCUGUCCUGCAGAGGGCUUCCCGUCCCCAAAAAUCAGCUGGACCAAAGAUGGAACUGUACUGCAGCACAGUGACAGGGUAUCAUGGUAUGGCUCUGGAGGACUUCACAUCCUUCAGCCCAGAGCAUCUGACGGAGGCCAGUACAAAUGCACAGCUGCCAACAUGCAUGGUUCUGACUCAGAGACAUCUCAGCUACUGUUGGCAGAGCCACCGGCCAUAGCAGUGUCAUGGGGGAAUUUCUCAGACCAUGGGGCGGUGUUGGGCCACAGCUUGAUGGCCACUGUUGGAGGACGAGUCAGUGUACGCCUAGGCACCAACCUCACUCUGCACUGCCCCGUCACUGGUGUUCCUCAGCCCACUGUGACGUGGCACAGGAAGAAUGGACCUUUAGAUUCCAGUGUUGUCUCCCUUCCCUCUGGUUCACUGUGGAUCACAAAUGUUUCUCUGCACAGCCAAGGCACCUACUCCUGCACUGCCACCAACACCAUAGGAAAGUCCACUGCCUCUACGCUCCUGCAGGUCUACGCUCCAUAUCCAGCUGGAGGAGGCAGGGUUGUUCCAGUCUCACAAGAGCUGAAUAGGAAACGGGUCCUCAUGGCAUCAACCCAUGGAACACAUGUUUUUAUCAAACCUGGAGACAUUCUACGAAUAGGUUGUCCAGUAGUUCCUGACCACAUACUGCCAGUGCGCUGGGACUACAACAACCAGACCCUGAAGGGGGUCUCACGUUCAGCCCAGACCCAGAGUCCUGGUCCGGGUCUGCAGUACAGGAUGCUGGUGGGGGGUCGUGUCCUUGAGGUCAACACACUCCAGGUGAAGUUCUCAGGCCGCUACCAGUGCCAGGCCCUCAUCAACAGUAUGAGACAAAUGCUGUAUGCCUGGAUACAAAUUCACACUAAAGAGUUUGGCUGGCGUUUUGGGGAUUGGAUCACAUGCAGUGCUUCCUGUGGGAACAGAGGGACUUGGCUGCGGAGGAUUCACUGUGCCACUCUGGAUGGAAAGGACGUUCAGCCCACCAUGUGUCAGCACAUACCAAAACCCAUCACCUCCCCAGUUCCCUGCAACAGACAGGACUGCCCUCCCAGAUGGCUGGUAUCAGAGUGGUCAAAGUGUUCAGCCUCAUGUGGUAGUGGCUGGAAACAGAGGCAGGUCUCCUGUCAGCAGCUGGACGCCAGAGGUGAAGUGAGGACCCAGCCAGCAGCUGCCUGUGAGAGUAUAAGGCAGCCCACAGACACAGAGCCGUGCACUGCCAAUAACUGUCCCACCUGGGUCACCAGUCCAUGGGGAAAGUGUUCAGGGAGGUGUUUAGGACCCACCACCACUGUUCAGAAGAGAUCUGUCAUCUGCCAACAUGCCAAUGGCUCCUCAUACACAGACUGUGAUCUCAGGGACAGGCCUUUUUCAGUACGUAACUGUUCCUCAGACCUCUGUGAUGUCCAGUGGCGUCCUGGUGUGUGGCGGGCAUGCACCGUAGUCUGUGGGAGUGGCUUUCAGUCACGCAGGGUGGACUGUGUUCACCGCAAGAGUGGCAGGAUACUGGCUGACCAGCACUGUGCCUGGCUCCAACGGCCCUCCACCUGGCAGCACUGCAACACCACCACCUGUGGGAGUGAAUGCAAGGACACCACCCAGUACUGCAAUGUGGUGAAGAGACUAAAGCUGUGCUACCUGGAUAUGUAUAAACAGAGAUGCUGUGGGUCAUGUUCACAGGAUGCUGACUCCACCUAGUGACAGUGAGCAGUUAUAACCACAGAUGGACACAAGAUCAACAACUGAGCAAAGACUGGGAGGACGUCAUCUGUGAGUGGAUGCUUCGAGAACUGCACAUAUGUAAACUGGACAAGCUGUAGUCCAGUUCUUUGGCUUCCUAAAAGGAAACUCAACAGCAUCUCAAAACGCUGGAAGGAUGAGGGGGCUUCAUUUUCUGAUCUGGAUCCAAUCCAUGUUCACGAUGUGGAUCAAAUGGAAGUUUUGGACUUUCCUGCAAAAACAGAAUAUUUUGUUGCCAGUGACGUUCUAAAAAGGUGGCCCAGCCACAAAGGAAUAUAAUGCUUAUUGUAGAACCUGUAUCGCUGCCCUCAAACUUACACUGAUGUAUUGGUUUGCCCUUUGUUAGCUAUGAAAUAUCAGGCAGUGGUGUAAACCCCAGCUGAUAUGUAAGAUUCAUCAUUCAACAGCAACACAAAAACAGCCUAGAAAAAUUGUAGUCAUACAUUUCUGUCUUUAAACUGUUCUUUAUUUAUUUGUAUUAUUCAAAGGUGUUUUUGUAAAAUGAUUCAUCUGAGAUCAUUAAAGAGAAAUUCUGGGUUAUUACAACAUCGGUCUAAUUGUUAUAGUUUUGACCAUCUUUUCUACUCAAUGAAGUAAUUACCGACAUCUGGAAACAGCAUUACUGAUACAACCAAGAGACACAAGAAGUGAGACAAUGAUCCAGGUUAUAAUCACUUCAGCCGUGUCAUCCAAACUGCUGAAGUUGAAACUGAAUAAAAAUAAAUAUCUACUGUUAUUACUACUGAUUGAAUUGAUGGCCAAAACUGGAAA